GAUUGAUCUUGACUCCCACUUCACAACAUCUCACAUCAACUUCACCUCAACCUGACCUCAACCGCCUCCCUCCACCACAACAACUCAACCUGUAACAUCCCCUUGCUCUUCACACUACUUCCUCCUCUCAUCCGAUACCUCAUCAUGGGGAAUUCACAGUCUACAACCUCGUCCCGAGAUCCAGCCGUCGAGAAGCUCCUCGUCCAGCAACUCCAGAAUCUCCGCACUCGAGACACCAUCCGCCAGCAUCAAGUCGACCAUGAAGAAUACAUCCACGUUGACACAGAAAAAGGAAUUCCUCACACUUAUUCCACCGACCCAACCUUGUCCAUCGAUGCUGCAAAUGCAUGGCAGAAAGAGUUGCUCCAUGAUCCCAAGAACCGCUUCGCUCUCAAUGCUCUACUCUCCAAUGAUGUCCGCUCCGUCGUAGCCAACAAGGUCGCAACCCUGCCAGAUACUCAGACAUUCAACAUUCAGAUCCCAUUUGAAGGGUCUCCAGUCACCAAUCAACGUUCAUCCGGAAGAUGUUGGUUGUUUGCAACCACCAAUGUCCUCCGCGUCCCCAUCAUGAAGAAAUACAACCUCAAAGAGUUUGAAUUGAGUCAGGCAUAUCUAUUCUUCUGGGACAAGCUGGAGAAAGCAAACUGGUUCUUGGAGCAGGUCAUUGACACUGCUGAUCAAGAUCUGGAUAGUCGUCUGAUCCAAGAACUUCUGGGUGCUCCCGUAAACGAUGGUGGGCAGUGGGACAUGGCCGCCAACUUGGUCGAGAAAUAUGGACUGGUCCCUCAAAAGCUCUACCCCGACUCCUUCAAUGCCCAAAACUCAGGAGUCCUGAACAAUAUCCUCACCACAAAACUCCGAGAAGAUGCCCUCACCCUCCGUUCCCUCGUCACCAAACCCAACAUCAAAAAAUCCUCCAUCAUCGCCACAAAGACCAAAUUCAUCCAAGAAGUCCACCUCAUCCUCACCCUUCUCCUCGGCCCACCUCCCAAGACGGAUGAACAAUUCACCUGGGAAUUUUACGAUGCUACCAACAAAUAUCACAAAUUUUCAAAGACCCCUCUCGAACUGGCCAAGGACAUUUCCACCCCGUCCGUCGUCCGCUCUCUGAAUGCUGAUGUCAAUCAACUCUUCAGUCUUGUCAACGACCCACGAAACAAAUACAACCAGCUGAUGACUGUCGACCGUCUAGGCAACGUUGUAGGAGGUCGUCCCAUCACCUACGUCAACGUCGACAUUGCUACCAUGAAGACAGCCGCCAUCAACAUGCUUCGCGCCGGCUUGCCCGUUUUCUUUGGCAGUGACGUUGGCAAAUACUCAAACUCAUCUUCGGGAAUUAUGGACACUGCUCUCUAUGAUUAUAAUCUUGCCUUCAACAUAAGCCUUAGCAUGAGCAAGUCGCAACGUCUCAAGGCCCGUGAAUCUGCCAUGACGCAUGCCAUGGUUCUCACUGCCGUCCAGGUGGAAGAUGGAAAGUCAGUCCGUUGGAGAGUUCAGAAUUCGUGGGGUGAAAGUGCCGGUGAGAAGGGCUUCUUCGUCAUGACGGACAAAUGGCUUGAUGAAUUUGUCUAUCAAGUCGUGGUUGAUCCUGGAUUUGUUUCUAAGGAGAUUCGCGACCUAUUGAAAACGGAGCCCUUGACUCUCCCACUCUGGGAUCCGAUGGGUGCUUUGGCCUAACGAGCGUUUGAGGAUGAGCAACGAACAGAGAAGACACUGAAAUUCCUCGUCAUGGAGCUGCUAACGGAGACAUGCUCGCCGUCAUUCACCUCUUAUCAUGCACUUUUACCUCCCCAAUUGUGAUUUGUGUUUCAUAGAUACCAAAGACCCGAUCAAGUAUUAAAUGCAAGCCAGUUAAAUAGUCUGUGCCAAUUACCUGCAACAGACUUGGAGUAGUAUUGUCAUGCUGUGGACUUGUUGACCAUCUUCACACCUGUGCGAAGUGUACAACGCCCUGGGUUCAUAGUCACAGUAAAACCCAUGAUCAAGCCUGUUCCUUAUGACUCGGAUUCAAAGAAAUCAAAAAUAGCAUCUCUGGUCAACUGGGCAAUUUUCAAGAUCUCCUCCCUGGUCGCUGUGAAAGCCGGAGCCAACAGUACAUGGUCGCCUAACACACCAUCUACGCUGCCACUGCCGGGAUACAACGAGAUGCUGUACUUGGGCUGCAAAGCAAAUUCAUGGAGC